AGCAGCAUUCAUACAUUACUGAGGAGGAUGCUAUUUUUGUUGUUACGAGCUCCCUGGAUUUUGCAGAAAUUAAGUACUGUAUUAGAUAAUGUAUGAUUGUAAACCAUCCGCAGGACCGUGAUUGGCUGCCGGUCGCAGACUUUAAAUACACUGGCCAAUUAAAUAGCACGGAGAUUGUCCGUUCAUCAGUAGUCGGCAGGUGAUCGUGACUGCGAUGCGGUAGUGCAGUUCAGCAUGAAUUUACAAAAUCAGACGCUGUCUGUAGCUAUUUCAGCUCAAACGGACAAUUUACCCUGGGCAUCGAUGUCUGGAGUGAACACAACGCCGGAGAGCUCGAUAGAACCAUGUGGCGAAGCACUGCUUGGCCUAGAAGCAUGGGGUCUUGUACGCACCUCUCUGAUAGUACUUUUAAGUGUUGCAACGUGCGUAACAAAUUUCGUUGUUAUAGUAAUUCUUCGUCUAAACGAUGGUCUUCAUUCGGUUUCCGGUACAUUCACUUCAGGAGUUGCUAUAGCAGAUUUAUUCAUAGGAUUACUUAUCAUCCCACCUAAUGUGCUUGAUUCGUCGUACCCAGACGUUUGGAAUAACUCCCGACCAAUGUAUUACGUCUGGGUAACGUUAGACUAUUUUCUUUCAAUUACGAGUAUUUUAAGUAUGAUUUUAUUGAAUUUAGAUCGUUUUUGGUCCAUUACUUAUCCGAUCAAAUAUAUUCGAUUACGGACCAAACGUCAUGCCAUUAUGAUGAUAGCAAUUAUUUGGGGAAUUGUAUUUGUGAUUGUUAUACCUUUUGCUAUCACCUGGAAAUAUGUGUACCCUGAUGCCGAACCGGUGUCGGCGCGUUCAAAUUUCGUGCAAUACGGAGCUGCAUCUUGGUAUUUCGCUACUGGUUCAGUGUUCGUGUUUGUUAUACCAUUGUGUAUUACAUGUGCAAUGUAUUUCCAUAUUAUUAAAGCCAUUCAGAAGCGGUCAACAAUGGCGAUUGGCCGGAUGAGCGCUGGUAGCAUGGCCUCAAAGAACUCGAAAAAAGACAGUGAGAACGCAUACAGUUUGGUAAGCCAGAGUGACAUCUGGCAUUUGCAAUCCCUCUAUGACAGUGCUGUCAAUAGCCCUACUCAUUCUGCUGCGUGGAACAAUCGUUAUAUCGUAAACAACAGAAGUGUUGGGUGUUACGCUAGUAUUGAUGAAGAGGCUGAGAGUGACGAUCAAGAAAAAAAGUCCAAGGCAGGAAGUUCAUUAGAAGGAGAACAAGACGACUUUUCUCUCUUCGAGUCUGGCCGUACAAUGAAUCAUAAAGUUGAAACGACUGUUGGCAGUUCCUCUACAUCGGGUGUUUCAAAGGAGCCAUCAGGAUGUGUAGAGGCGUCAACUUUGGAAGUGGCCGAUAGCGAAAUUGUCGUCACACAAGCGAAACAGGAGAUAUUGAGCGUAACCAAUCUGAGUCAAGCCGAAAACAUCCAUCAUGUAUGUCAAAAUGGCCGUCCAAAUGGCGUCAUACCCAUUACCGCGGCCGAACGAGAUAAAGACCGUAAGCUGAAAGUCGACAACACUCCUGUUAAAUCGCAUAUAAAAAACGGUGAUGUACGUAGUAGUAACAAUAAUUCAAACACAUCUAGUCAAACACAGAAACGUAUAAGUCAAAGGUAUCUUACACGUCAAGGUUUGAGUGACAGUUGGCUGCCGCGUAAUGGUCAUACGACACGGCGAAUGCGUGGCAAGUUGUCGUUGCCACAGGGUACUGACGAUCACCCAUUACAAAUUAGGCCGAUUUUAAGCCUCCGACAAAGCGCUUCAAGUCCUCAACUACCCAGCACGACUUCCUCACCGAUGAUACCAAACCACACGUCAUCGAAUGGACACGCUACACUUCUAGGAAAUAAGCGCCGAGAUAUAAAGCGCAAUGGAGAUUAUUUCGCAAGCAAUCCAUCGUUUCGAGGCUCCACGGGAUCGGUACGCGCACGAUUACGCCAUUCGUUGACUGGCCUCAGUGGUCGUGGUAGUAAAGUUCUUUUAAUACUAAAACGAGCUCAGAAAGCUGCAAAACAGCUUGGCGUGAUUCUGACAUGUUUUCUGAUAUGUUGGAUGCCUUACUUCGCACAGGUUAUCGUUUACGCGAUCUGCCCAAACUGCACAAAGCCCAAACUUAUGACCAUUGCUGUGUACAUGGGCUAUGUCCAUUCACUCUGCAACCCUAUAUUGUACAUUACGUUUAACCUGCGAUUUCGGAAGGCAUUUCAAAAGGUGAUUUGUCCUUGCUAUACCCCUCGAAGAUGGUAUCACAAACAGGCAUUACGCCAUGGGUCACGUGAGCAUCAAUUGAGCCGUUUGUACUCUGAAGCUCAGUUGUGAGUCAGUCUGCGAUUCUGAUGCAACGGAUAUUUCUAUUUUGAUAUUAAGAUAUAUAUAUAUAUAUAUAUAUAUAUAUAAUAUAUAUAUAUAUAAAAUAUAUAUAUAUAAAAUAUAUAAUAUAUAUAUUUCGAUGUUUAUUAUUAAAUGUUGUGAUAUUAUAAGCUGUGCUGGUGAACAAGCUUUAUUAUUCUAUAUAUUUGAACACGUCCUUGAAAGAUAUCUCGGGAGAUGUGGUUUGAUAUUGAACACGAAUCCUAACGAAAGAAAAGGUUUUAUGAAAAGCAGGGUGCUAGUGGAAUUUUCUAAAGACUUAAAUAUGAUUAAUGGACCAAAUGAAACGAUGGGCUUGAGUACAACGCAUUCUCGCGUUAGCAACGCAUUGAUCUGUGACACUUGCUUGCAAUUACGUGUGGGUUCACCCCACUGAGAGUUGGAUUUGGUUUUGUUACGUAUGUGACGAUUCCGGAAUCAUGUUGUGUAGAGUUUUUACCUCCUUGUGUACCAGAAUAAUGGUUUUUUUGCACUAACUAUUUUGUUAUAAUAUCCUUGACAUUUUAACUGAACAAAGGAAUAAUUAAUUUCUAAAGGAGUUUUAUAUUGGCAUACGUCAUACUGAUUACUACAACACACGUUCACAUCGUAUAUCUGAACAAGAGUAACCAAAUUCAAUUUCCGAUGAUCACGAAUAAAAUAAGCAGAAAUCACAGGGACCCUGUAUGUAUUCUCUGGUAUUAUUUUAUAUUUAUUUAUAAUGUAUUUAUAUAUUUAAUAAUAAUUAUAUAAAAUAAAUUGAUGAUAAUUGUGUAUCGCCUGUUGAACAGAUAAAAGAGUAAAAUAGAAAAGAAUAAAUUUUAUAAAGUGAUUUGAUAUCAUUCGGUAAUCUAUAUAUUGAAAUUAUUUUUUAUGUUUUAUUAUGGUCAAAUCCAUGCUAUACAAAGAAACCAAAUUCAAACAUGCUUUUUGAAAAAUAUAUUAUAUAAAACAAGCCUAUACUUAUAUAUUUGUAUGUUUAUAUUUGUUUAUGUUGUGUAUAUUCUUAGCAUAGGCCUAUUGUUAAUUUGGUAUGCAAUAUUAAGGCUUGCAGAGCCCUAUUUAUAAUGUUUAUAUUAUCUAUAUAUGCAUGCUCAUAACGAUGAUUUCCGUGUUGGUAUAAAAGAAUAGAAACUGCAUGUGACAC